ACAAGAGCUAGAACUCAGGAAUCUCUACGGGGAUGAGGAAAGAGAAGAAUCCUGGGCCCAUCACAACUGCGUGUUAAAAACAUGAGUUUUCUCCUUCUAAGCCAGACUAGUCUUGAUGCGAACCAUGACUCUUCACUACAGAUGCCCAAUAGGGACUUUUAUGUGUCCUGGGGCGUUCUGGAUCCAGUCUUGGAAACAGCUGUCUUUGCCCAGAGACGCGCAGGACAGGGACCGCGUGAGCACCAGGUGCAACAGAAUUGGGAAGAAGAUGGGUCCUUCCAUUGGGCAAGCCACAGAAGACGUGAAUAAGGCAGAGAAAGGCCAGGUUCUGGUGGCUGAGAACAACCUCUGCAGGCAGUAUGAGGAGAAGGUGCGGCCCUGCAUCGACCUCAUCGACUCUCUGCGGGCCCUGGGCGUGGAGCAGGACCUGGCCCUGCCCGCCAUCGCUGUCAUCGGGGACCAGAGCUCGGGCAAGAGCUCCCUGCUGGAGGCUCUGUCGGGAGUCGCCCUCCCCAGGGGCAGCGGCAUUGUCACCAGGUGCCCUUUGGUGCUGAAACUGAAGAAGCUGAGGCCAGAAGAAGAAUGGAGAGGCAAGGUCAGCUACCUGGACAUUGAGGAGGACAUCUCGGACGCCUCCAAGGUAGAAGAGGAAAUCCGCAAAGACCGAGCGUGGGCACAGAAUCUGGCAUCAGGAAGUGACUGUGGAGCAUCCCAGAACUACAUCGCUGGGGAUGGGCUGGGAAUCCAGGAUGAGCUCAUUAGCCUGGAGGUCAGCUGCCCCGAAGUCCCGGAUCUCACUCUCAUCGACCUUCCUGGGAUCACCAGGGUACCUGUGGGCAAUCAGCCUGCGGACAUCGGUCGACAGAUCAAGCGACUCAUCAGAAAGUACAUCCAAAAGGAAGAGACCAUCAACUUGGUGGUGGUCCCUAGUAAUGUGGACAUUGCCACCACGGAGGCUCUGAGCAUGGCAAAUGAGGUGGAUCCUGAAGGAGACAGGACCAUAGGAAUCUUGACGAAGCCUGAUCUAGUGGAUAAAGGGACUGAGGACAAAGUUGUGGAUGUGGUUCAAAACCUGGUGUGCCACCUGAAGAAGGGCUACAUGAUUGUCAAGUGCCGCGGCCAGCAGGACAUCCAGGAGAACCUGUGCCUGACUGAGGCCUUGCAGAGGGAGAAGGCCUUCUUUGAGGACCACCCACAGUUCAGGGUGCUGCUGGAGGCCAGAAAGGCCACUGUCCCCUGCCUGGCAGAGAGACUGUCUGAAGAGCUCAUUGCACACAUCUGUAAAUCUCUGCCACUAUUGGAAAAUAAAAUCAAGGAUCUUCACCAGAAAACAACAGAUGAGUUACAGAAGUUUGGCAUGGACAUCCCAGAAGAUGACAGCGAGAAAAUGUUCUUCCUGAUAGAGAAAAUCAAUGCCUUUAAUCUGGACAUCAAUGCUGUAGUUGACGGGGAGGAAAGUGUAGGCACUGAAGGCUCCAGGCUGUUUGCCAAACUCCGAAGGCAAUUCCAGUUGUGGAGUUCCAUGAUUGAGAAGCAUUUUUCAAAGGGUUUUGAUGGUUUACAAAAAGAGAUCUGGAAAUUUGAAAACCAGCAUCGUGGCAGAGAGCUGCCUGGGUUUGUGAACUACAGGACAUUUGAGAAAAUCAUCAAAAAGGAACUCCAGGCCCUGGAGGAGCCGGCUGUGGACAUGCUACACCAGAUCACCGAUAUGGUCCGGGCAGCCUUCACAGAUGUGUCUGAAAAAAACUUCACUGAGUUUUUUAACCUCUACAAAACCACCAAGAACAAAAUCGAAGAUAUUCGAUCAGAUCAGGAAGAAGCGGCGGAGAAGGCGAUCCGCACUCACUUCCAGAUGGAGCAGAUCGUCUACUGCCAGGACCAGGCUUACCGAGGUGCGCUGCAGAAGAUCAGAGAGGAGGAGGCCAAGGAGGAGAAGCAGAAAAAAGUAUUUCAGUCUUCAGAGACCACUGCUAUGGCUGAAAUCCUCCAGCACCUGAAUGCCUAUUGCCAGGAGGUUCACAGCCGCAUCUCCACCCACAUCCCCUUGAUCAUCCAGUACUAUGUCCUGCAGUUGUUUGGCCAGCGGCUGCAGAAUGCCAUGCUGCAGCUGCUUCAGGAGAAGGAGAACUGCACCUGGCUCCUGAAGGAGCGGAGCGACACCAGCGAGAAGAGGAAGUUCCUGAAGGAGCGGCUGACCCGGCUGGGCCAGGCCCGGCGCCAGCUCGCCAAGUUCCCUGGUUAACCCAGCUCCCAAGCCUCGGGAGGAGGCCGAGCCAGGGUGAUGUAGUCGCUUAGCAGAUGCUCAGUAGGCAGAGGUAGAACGAGAUCUCUUCUUUUUCUCCAGUAGCAUGUAGGGACCGAAAAGAGUUAGGAGAAUGGUUUGAUUUCUGGCUGUAAGAGGACAGUCUCAUGUCAAAGUGUGGGCUGCAGAAUGAAGGGAAGGUGCCACCGUCACGAGGGGGUCAAGGGCGUCACUCACCUCCCCCACUCAACUUUUGUGCAUCAGGAGACGGCCUCCAGCUCAGUGCCGGGAAAGGCUCCUUCCUGGUCUGUCUGCAGUCUCCUCUGGAGCCGGCUUGUAGGAAUGGUCUGCUGCUCUUAGAAGCUGGGCCUCUUCUGUUUGAAUAAACAUGUAAUCCUUGUC